AGGCAGCGGGGGGCGGGACCCGAGUGUAGACCCGGAAGCGGGUGCUGGCCGGCCGGCUCGCCCGGGGGCCAUGGCAGCCGCGGCACCUGCAGCAGAAGGGGUCCCGAGUCGGGGGCCUCCGGGGGAGGUGAUUCAUCUGAACGUGGGAGGCAAGAGGUUCAGUACCUCUCGCCAGACUCUCACCUGGAUCCCAGACUCCUUCUUCUCCAGUCUUCUCAGCGGACGCAUCUCUACACUGAAAGAUGAGACUGGAGCUGUGAGUAGGGCAAGAGCUGAAACGGGGCAGCGGGUAGGAGGAGGGACAGGAGCCCCACUCAGCCCCGUGUUUUGUCCCAUCCAUCCUCUGCCCCCCUUCCCGCAGAUCUUCAUCGACCGGGACCCCACCGUCUUCGCCCCCAUCCUCAACUUCCUGCGCACCAAAGAGUUGGACCCCAGGGGUGUCCACGGUUCCAGCCUCCUCCACGAAGCCCAGUUCUACGGGCUCACUCCUCUGGUUCGACGCCUGCAGCUGCGGGAGGAGUUGGACCGAUCUUCCUGUGGAAACGUUCUCUUCAACGGUUACCUGCCUCCACCAGUGUUCCCAGUGAAGCGGCGGAACCGGCACAGCCUGGUGGGGCCCCAGCAGUCAGGGGGACGCCCAGCCCCCGUUCGACGGAGCAACACGAUGCCCCCCAACCUGGGCAAUGCAGGGCUGCUGGGCCGAGUGCUGGAUGAGAGGGCCCCUCCCUCCCCAUCGGGGCCACCAGAGGAGCCGGGGAUCGUGCGCCUGGUGUGUGGACACCACAACUGGAUCGCUGUGGCCUAUACCCAGUUUCUUGUCUGCUAUAGGCUGAAAGAAGCCUCUGGCUGGCAGCUGGUGUUUUCCAGUCCCCGCCUGGACUGGCCCAUCGAGCGACUGGCACUCACAGCCCGGGUGCUCGGUGGGGCUUUGGGUGAACAUGAUAAGAUGGUGGCAGCGGCUACAGGCAGCGAGAUCCUGCUGUGGGCUCUGCAGGCAGAAGGCGGGGGCUCCGAGAUAGGAGUCUUCCAUCUGGGGGUGCCCGUGGAGGCCUUAUUCUUCGUUGGGAACCAGCUCAUCGCCACGAGCCACACGGGGCGCAUCGGGGUUUGGAACGCCGUCACCAAGCACUGGCAGGUCCAGGAGGUGCAGCCCAUCACCAGCUACGAUGCGGCGGGCUCCUUCCUCCUCCUGGGCUGUGACAACGGCUCUAUCUACUACGUGGAUGUGCAGAAGUUUCCCCUGCGCAUGAAGGACAACGACCUCCUUGUCAGUGAGCUCUACCGGGACCCGGCAGAGGACGGAGUCACGGCCCUCAGCGUCUACCUCACCCCCAAGACCAGUGACAGCGGGAACUGGAUCGAGAUUGCCUAUGGCACCAGCUCAGGGGGUGUGCGGGUCAUUGUGCAGCACCCCGAGACCGUGGGCUCCGGGCCUCAGCUCUUCCAGACCUUCACCGUGCACCGCAGCCCCGUCACCAAGAUCAUGCUCUCGGAGAAGCACCUCAUCUCAGUCUGUGCCGACAACAACCACGUGCGCACGUGGUCCGUGACUCGCUUCCGGGGCAUGAUUUCCACCCAGCCCGGCUCCACCCCACUCGCUUCCUUCAAGAUCCUGGCACUGGAGUCGGCCGACGGGCAUGGUGGCUGCAGCGCCGGCAAUGACAUUGGCCCCUACGGCGAGCGGGACGACCAGCAAGUGUUCAUUCAGAAGGUGGUGCCAACCGCCAGCCAGCUCUUUGUGCGUCUUUCAUCCACUGGCCAGCGGGUGUGCUCGGUGCGCUCGGUGGACGGCUCCCCCACCACCGCCUUCACGGUGCUCGAGUGUGAGGGCUCCCGGCGGCUCGGCUCUCGGCCCCGGCGCUACCUGCUCACCGGCCAGGCCAAUGGCAGCCUGGCCAUGUGGGACCUGACCACCGCCAUGGACGGCCUCGGCCAGGCCCCCGCAGGUGGGCUGACCGAGGAAGAGCUGAUGGAGCAGCUGGAGCAAUGUGAGCUGGCGCCACUGGCUUCCUCUCGGAGCUCUCUCCCCAGCCCCUCCCCUCGCACCUCUCUCACCAGUCUCCACUCAGCCUCCCUGUCUGGCCGUCUUGGGAGCCUGAGCCCCCCCCAGGCUGAGGCCCGGCGCCGCGGGGGAGGCAGCUUCGUGGAACGCUGCCAGGAGCUGGUGCGGAGUGGGCCAGAGUCCCGACGGCCCCCGACACCAGCGCCUCGGCCCUCCACGGGUCUCGGGGCUCCCCUUGCACCCCCCAAGGUGAAGCUCAAUGAGACUUCCUUCUGAACACAGCUGCCAUGGUGCCUUUGGAUACCCAGGUCCUGGGCGGGGGACGGGGUGGGGUGGGGUGGCGGGGCUCAGGUGCCUCCCUGCUUCCUGUCAGAGCCCUGGGUUCAGGGCCAGGGCUUCCUUGGAAUGGUCGUUGUUACUAGGCCCCCACUGCCCCCCCCCCUUUUCUGGAGCCAAAGUCGCCCUCCCCUAAUAAAGUCGUCACUGCCAA